AUGGCUUCCCCAUCCGUCAUGCCCCGCAAGCUGUGGGAGCAUCCGAAUCCAGAAGCUACCAUGAUGGCUCAAUUCAUGAGGGAUGUCAACCAGAAGAGAGGAUUGAAGCUCAAGACAUUCCAAGAUCUACACCAAUUCUCCAUCAACCAACGCACUGACUUUUGGUCCGAUCUCUUCGAACUGCAUCCUCUGAUUCAUAUUGGAAAGUACACUCAAGUUGUGGACCCAAAGGCCAGAAUGGAUUCCGUGCCUUCCUGGUUCUCAGGCGUAAAACUCAACUUUGCAGAAAACAUCUUGUAUAGCGCGGAUCCCAAGAACCCAUCUGUACGCACACUCAGCGGCAAAGAAAGCGACAAGAUAGCAUUGACAGAAGUGCGUGAAGGAUGCACUGAGAUCCAACACUACAGCUGGAAACAACUACGUGCCAAGGUUGGGUUGCUCGCGCAAGCCAUGAAAGCACAUGGAGUAAGCAAAGGCGAUCGAGUUGCUGUAGUUGCAUCCAACUCUACAGACACAUUGACUGUGUUUUUGGCUGUGACAACGCUGGGAGGUAUCUUCAGUUCGAGUUCCACGGACAUGGGCAGUCAGGGUGUUUUGCAGCGGCUGACGCAGAUUGAGCCAAAGUGGAUCUUUGUGGAUGAUUGGGCCGUCUAUAAUGGCAAGACUAUUGACUUGAAGCCCAAGAUGAGGGAGAUUGUUGCUGGUAUGUUGAAGAGCAAGGCCAAGGGAUUCCAAGGUCUUGUUAGUCUGCCUAGGUUCCAGCAGAGACCGGCUGAUGUGGGCGAUGUGCCGAAAACCAUGAGUCUGGCGGCAUAUCUCUCGAGAGCUGGUGGAAAUUCUGAGCUGCCUUUUGAGAAGGUUGAUUUCAAGGAUCCGUUCUUGAUUGUUUAUUCUUCAGGUAAGCCUUGUGAUCAACACCUGCUUACAAGAUCUGACCGAGUCAUUNNAGGUACUACUGGCGUGCCAAAAUGCAUUGUGCAUGGCUGUGGGCCAGUCCUCCUCAGUUCGAUGAAAGAAGGCAGACUUCACCUUGAUUCCGGACCUUCGACAGUCAACUUGCAAUACACAACCACUGGCUGGAUCAUGUAUCUGAUGUCAACAAUGGCACUCCAACACGGAGCACGCUCGAUAUUGUACGAUGGUUCACCCUUCAUACCCGACCUCACCACUUUCGUUCGCAUGGUAGGAGAACAAAAAGUCACCGAUCUGGGCAUCUCGCCUAGAUAUCUACAGACACUUGCCUCGGCCUCUCCUCCAGUCAUCCCCAAGCAAGUCACCGAUCUGUCCAAUCUUCGACGCGUAUCAAGCACAGGCAUGGUAUUGCCAGAAUCUCUUUUCCACUGGUUCUACGAUUCGGGUUUCCCUUCUUCUGUCCACCUCAAUAAUAUCAGUGGUGGAACAGAUGUGGCUUCUUCGUUCGCGAUGGGCAAUCUAAUGACUCCUUUGUAUGCCGGUGGAUGUCAGGGGCCCGGUCUAGCCAUGAACCUCCAAGUAUACGACCAAACCAUUGAAGGAGGCAAAGGCAUCAAAGGCAAACCUCUACCCAUCGGAGAAGCAGGCGAACUUGUCGUCACCGCCGCUUUCCCCAACCAACCCGUUAAGUUCUGGGGCGACACUUCGGGACAAAAAUACUUUGAUGCUUAUUACGCUCGCUUCGAUAGUAAGCAUUUUACCAACGGCGUAUACUUCCUCGGCCGUGCCGAUGGUGUUCUAAACCCCUCCGGAGUGCGCUUCGGCUCUGCAGAAAUUUACAAUGUGAUCGAGACCUUUUUCGCCGAAGACAUUCAAGACAGCAUUUGUGUUGGUCAACGCCGACCAAGUGAUACCGAUGAAGCCGUCAUCCUUUUCCUACUCAUGAAGCCUGGAAAGAAGUUUACAGAGGCAUUGGUCAAGGAUGUGAGGCAAAGGAUUGGUAAAGAGUGUAGUCCGAGACAUGUGCCAAANACGACGGUCAAUCUCAAGAAGGUGGAACUACCGGUCAAGAGAAUCGUCUCUGGAGAAAAAGUCACGCCGUCGGGGACGUUGCUCAAUCCGCAGAGUUUGGAGUAUUACUACAAGUUUGCAAAGGUGGAAGAGUUGAUCGGCGGUGUCAAGAGUAGACUGUAA